AUGGAGAAUAAGUUUAUUCCACAGGCAAUUGAGAUUGUGACAAAGGCGAUUCAUGAGGACAAUAGUAAAAACUAUCAAGAGGCUUUUCGGCUGUAUAAGAAAGCACUGGAGCAUUUUAUGAUUGGUGUUAAAUAUGAAAAGAAUACUACAUCAAAGGAAAUUAUUAUGAAGCGUGUAGAGGGAUAUAUGACACGUGCAGAGCAGUUACGGGGGAUAUUGGAAAAGGAUAAUGGACCAAAGGCAGUGGCAGCUGCAGUUGACAUGGACAAAGGAGAAAAAGAUAAUGAUGAUGAGACAGAUGUCGAAACAGCUAAAUUGCGAGGUGCAUUGGCCUCGGCGGUUGUAUCUGAAAAGCCUAAUGUGAAAUGGAACGAUGUUGCUGGACUCGAUGCUGCGAAGGAGGCUUUAAAAGAGGCUGUGAUCUUACCGGCGCGAUUCCCACAGCUUUUUACGGGAAAGCGACGUCCCUGGAAGGGUAUACUGCUGUAUGGGCCUCCUGGUACGGGUAAGUCCUACCUUGCCCAGGCCGUCGCGACGGAAGCAGACGCCACGUUCUUCGCCGUCUCGUCCUCGAGCUUAGUGUCCAAGUGGCAAGGCGAGAGUGAGAAGUUGGUCAAGAACCUCUUUGAGAUGGCGCGUGAAAAGAAGCCUGCUAUUAUUUUUAUAGAUGAAAUCGACUCGCUGUGUUCAAACAGAUCCGAGGGCGAAAGCGAAUCAACACGCCGCAUCAAAAAUGAAUUCCUUGUGCAGAUGCAAGGCGUGGGCAACGACCAUGAUGGCGUUCUGGUACUUGGAGCCACGAACGUGCCAUGGGAACUUGAUCCAGCAAUGAGAAGACGCUUCGAAAAGCGCAUUUACAUUCCUCUUCCUGAGGUGGACGCUCGGAAGGUGAUGCUGGGAAUACACCUCGGCGAUACGCCAAACGAAUUGAGCGAUGCAAACUUCACUGCAAUCGCCGAGAAAACGGAGGGUUGCUCAGGUUCAGAUAUUUCGGUGCUUGUCCGAGAUGCCCUAAUGGAACCUCUCCGAAAGUGCCAGCAAGCGCAGUUUUUUGCUCCAUGCGAUGCAAAGGCGCAUCCAACUCGGAAUGGUCCAUUUUUGACUCCAUGCGAAGACGACCCGCCGUGCGCUUACUGCCACAUGAAGCUCUCUUCGUGCCGCUCAAAAUGCUCGGACUGCAGGGCCCCGUGUCGACGUUGCGGGGCACUACGCAUGCGGCUAUACGAUCUGCCAGAGCGCGGCUUUUCUGAUGAAAAGCUGAGGCCACCGAUGAUUUCAAUGAGUGAUUUCACACGCGUGUUGGAGCAUUCAACAGCAACAGUCGCCCCCGAUGAGCUCAACCGCUUUGUGAAAUGGACGCAGGAGUUUGGUCAAGACGGCUAG